UAAUAUUAUAAUAACAAUAAUUUAUCGCGUUAACAUGAUAAUAUUGAUAUUUUAUUGUCAGUAUUAGACUUUCAUUACUGUUGCAAAUAUAAUCAUCAAUAAAAAUGGGUUUCUAUUUUUAUUCUGGAAUAUUCCUUUUUUUUAUGUGCGUGAUUACUUUACCUAUAUUUUCAACUGGAAUUCCCUGCUCCGUCAAAGAAACUAGUAAUAAUGAAUCAAAUCAAAAUGAUGGUCCAGAAAAAGUUUCUGAUACAUCUGAUUCUUCUGAUGAGAAUGAUGGACCAUCAGAAAGUAUAGUACGUGAUAUCUUAAAUGUUUCAAAUGAGAUAUUAACAUUUCAAAAUUAUGGCUGAAGAUAACGUGUAGGUCUUUUUAUUUUUUGACUAGUCAUUUAUACCUUACUACUCCUACCUACAAAUAAAAUUGAUAAUAUUUCUAAAAUAAUGGUAAAAAGUUGUUAUUAACCAGUCAAUUUCUUUGUUUGGUCAUUUCCAAUAUUAAAACUAAUUAAAUUAUGUUUAUUAAAAGUUUCAAUUUAAAAUACACAAGUUGAUAAUGAUUUGAAAAGUAAAUAGAGGAGAUAGGGUACGAUUUAAAAAAAGCAGUAAUGCUUAUUUCAGUUAAUACAAUUAAACAUUUUUGAAAUAAAGUGUCUGGAGUUAUUUUUAUUUAAAAAAAAAAUAUAAUCAAAUAUUUUGGUCCAGUUGGUUCUGAGCAAAUUUAGAUAAGAUACAAAAAUACAUAUAACGGUAAAAUAAAUAACUAUUUAGAUUUGUAUAGAGGUUAAUAGAUAUCAUAGCUAUCAUCAGCUACCAAAAAUUUUUGAUUUUUCCAACAUCAAAGGUAAUACCGUACAAUAAUGAUUACUGUCGUAUGCAUUAUAUGAAAAAAAUUACACUACAAAUUUAUUCUUUACUAUGUUACGAACCCGCAUUAUUAUGGUAUUAGUGUAGUGGCGUUAGUGAGUAAUUAAUAGUGGACAACGGAUAGUUUCAAUUAAGCAUUAAUUAAUCGUGUUGGAACCAUCGUAUAAUUAAUAUUGUGUUAUAACAAGUAAGUGAUCACCUUAAGACGAUUAAUGCUAUAUCUUAUAAAUAACUGUAUUUUCUAAAAUUAAAAAGACUAUUGUAUUUUUUUGUUUAAUUUAAGUGUACUUUUAUUUCACAUUACUAACGACAUUCCACUCCAACCCGUUACCGUGUCUCAUUCUAGGUAGGACACAACAACUAUGGAAUCGGUUCAAUACUUUUUUUCUUGACACAUAUGUUUUUAAUUGUCAUUAAAAACAUUUUAGUUGUCUUAUUGAAAACUAACAAUUUAUUAUUUAAUAAAUGUAAUAAUUGACACGUAUAAAUAAAACUAUGAACCAUUAACCUCACUCGACUUCUACUCAAGGUAUGCAGAUUGUUCCAAUUAUAACCUUUUUUUAUUUUAAUAAUUUUUUUUUUACAUCCUUCUAAUUUUCAAUUUCAUUAAUAUAUUAAAAUUAUAAAAUAAAUCGAAAACCGAAUUUUACUGUGUCAA